UGCCGGUAAUUCAUUAAUUCAUAUUCAUUAUGUAUUAGAGUAGAACAGCAGUUUUCAACCGGUGUGGUAUAAAAUAUAACAAGUCAAUAAACAUUUAACCAUAAAUUGGUUGUUACAGGUGGAACGGGUACAGCGGGUGAAAGUGGGUACAGCGGCUCAGAGAGAGAUUGACUGUCAAACUGAGUGGAUGUGCCUUCCUCAUGCUCCUGAUUUUAUACGCUGUUUUGCCGUGUUAUUUCUGGAAUUUCAACAUUUGCAACAGUGGUGCUGCUGAGUUGUUCGUACUGGCUAGUGCGUGCCUUCGAUUAAUAUAAAGCUGCUUCUGUUUAUUCAACAUUUUUGCCGAGAAAGUGUUUGGCUUCGUAUCUGCUCCUGUCACUCAUCAGAUUGUGCUGAGUCAUCGUUAUGCAGUGCUCAACCUGCAAUGCACCCACCGAUAGUGCUAAUUCGGUGUCCUGUGCCGGUGUUUGUGGUUCCAAGCAUCACACCCAUUGCACGGGGUUGUCCCGUGAUUCUACUCGUGAGCUUGGGCGUAAUAAUCAGUUAUUGUGGUUGUGCAAAACAUGUCACGAGUUUCGCAUUGGCACAAAUUCACUUCUCACAAAUCGGCUAUCAAGAGCGAUUUGCUUCCUGAGAUCCUCGCUCUCGUUGAUAAGCGAGCGCUAACACCCAUAUUAGCUAAGCCGUCUGUUAGCAACGCAUCGCGAACGCACACAUCCACUAAUGUAUCGUCGCUCAAUGCCACAAAUACAUCCAGAACGACUAAAACAGCUUCCGCUCGCCGUACAUUUACUAACUCAACGGAGCUCACUGAUGAUAUCCAAGCUGCGAACGAUACCAACACUGUGGAUGAUUCUGACAACUGUAACCACUACAAUCAUCGUACUAAGCCGACUAGUGAUGUUAGUGCUGGAAACUAUCGAACAAAUACACAAGCAUCUUCUGAUCCUGUUUUGAACCAAAACACCACCAACACGGGCAUAGCCGAGAAAGUAUGGUUAUACUUCACGAACAUCAAAUCGCAUGUCUCGGCUGAUGAUAUGCGUGUGUGGCUUAAAGCUGUGCUACCAACGGACGAUAUUAAUGUUUACCGUCUCACGAAAAAGGGUGUGAACCUGGACUCGAUGUCCUUCAUAUCGUUCAAAGUGAGUGUUCCUAAAUCUCUUAAGGAGCUUGCGCUGCAGUCUACUAUUUGGCCAGUUUCACUUACUCAAGCCGCCUUUGGAGGAGUAUGGCUAAUGAUCCAGUAUCGUUACGACGGAUCGGGGGACUUUAUCACAACUGGAUCGAGUUUCGGAAUGGGUUUGGCAGCAUGGAGAGUUUUGGCUCGAGCUGGAGCACUUACAUCGGUUGACAUCAUUGCGAAAGUACAAGCUGCUGAUGGAGCUGACUUUGAUGGAAACUACAUGUACGCACGGUAUGAUGAAAUUGCGAUCGGCAGUGAGGAGCAUCGAAAUCGACUCACAAAGCUGGAAUCGUACACAGGAACAGCAGGUGAUUCAAUGAGCCUCCAUAAAGGCAUGAUGUUUACGACGAAGGAUCAGGACAAUAUCACGUGGAAACUGUGCUAUGUUCUAUCAGAAUGCAUGGUGGUACAGCAAAUACCAGGAUGCAAAUCUGAACGGACUGUAUAG